AGGCGGUCCAGCCCCCGGCAGCAGCAGCAGCAGCAGCAGCGCAGAGGAGACGGAGUGACAGCGCCUUUCUCUGCUCUUUUACAUGAUUAAAACACUACACGGAGAGGAACACGCGCACGGAUCGAUAGAAACACAUCUUUAACACACAGUCCGUCAUGGAGUCCUAUGACAUUUUAGCUAACCAGCCCGUUGUGAUUGAUAAUGGUUCAGGGGUUAUCAAAGCUGGUUUUGCAGGUGACCAGAUCCCCAAAUACUGCUUCCCUAACUAUGUGGGGCGUCCCAAGCAUGUGCGCGUGAUGGCAGGAGCCCUGGAGGGAGACCUCUUCAUCGGACCCAAGGCAGAGGAGCACAGGGGCUUGUUGUCGGUUCGGUAUCCGAUGGAGCACGGGAUUGUGAAUGAUUGGAACGACAUGGAGAGGAUCUGGCAGUACGUUUAUUCCAAGGAACAGCUGCAGACUUUCUCUGAGGAGCAUCCGGUCCUGCUGACUGAAGCUCCUCUCAACCCCAGUAAGAACAGGGAGAAGGCUGCAGAGGUUUUCUUUGAGACCUUCAACGUCCCUGCUCUCUUCAUCUCCAUGCAGGCUGUCCUCAGCUUGUACGCCACAGGUCGCACCACUGGUGUUGUGUUGGACUCAGGGGACGGUGUGACCCACGUCGUGCCCAUCUACGAGGGCUUUGCCAUCCCACACUCCAUCAUGCGCGUGGACAUCGCCGGGAGAGACGUUUCACGGUACCUCCGCCUGCUGCUCCGUAAGGAAGGCUACAACUUCAACACCUCGGCAGAGUUCGAGGUUGUUCGCACUGUCAAAGAGAGAGUCUGUUAUCUGUCUCUCAACCCGCAAAAGGAUGAGACUUUAGAAACAGAGAAGGCGCAGUAUCCACUGCCUGAUGGAAGCACUUUAAACAUCGGUCCAGCCAGGUUCCGCGCUCCAGAGCUGCUGUUCAGACCCGACCUGAUCGGAGACGAGAGCUCGGGGAUCCACGAGGUCCUGGCGUAUGCCAUCCAGAAGUCUGACAUGGACCUCCGACGCACACUCUUCUCCACCAUAGUAUUGUGUGGCGGUUCGACCUUGAUCAAAGGCUUUGGGGAAAGACUACUAACUGAAGUCAAGAAGCUUGCACCCAAAGACGUGAAGAUCAAGAUUUCUGCUCCCCAGGAGAGGCUCUACUCCACAUGGAUCGGUGGCUCUAUCCUGGCAUCGUUGGACACCUUUAAGAAGAUGUGGGUGUCAAAGCGAGAAUAUGAAGAAGACAGAGCACGUGCCAUCCACAGGAAGACCUUCUAGUCGGGGCCGUUGCCCUGCGAUCGCCCCCAGAACUGCCCUCAAUCUCCCCCGUCAUACUGUCGGAGACUCCUGCACCUGUCAUCUCCGGGUACCUCUGCAUCAUCCUUUAUCAACCCCUCCCUCUGCUUCUAAACCCCUGUCAGCCUCCUGCUUUACCCUCCCUCACCUCCACCCAGAGAGACGCACACGAUCAUGUGUGCUAGUUUCCAUAUUUACCUCCUCCUCCAUCCUCCUGCUGUAGGGUGACACCACCCUCCAAACAUUCACAUCCAGAGGGCCGUCAGGGUAUCAGAGAGGGUUAGCACUGUGGACUCUUACUACAGGCCAUGCUAUUCUAUAAUUUAGUCCACUUUGAAGUAUUGGUAUCGCUCUCUUGCCUACAAAGCUCUGCAAGGUGUAGAAUAUCAUGAAAUGUCAAUAAACCUGAAUGUUUUUCUUUUUUUGCUACUGUUGAAAUUUCCAUUCCAGACCGAAGAUUUAGAUUUUUAUUUGAUGUCCAUUUUGUAGACGUUAUUUUCUGUUUCUGACCUGGACUAGCUCGUACAGAACAAAGGUUUGAUAGCAGUGCUGUGUGCAUAUAGUGGUAGUGACGGUGAGCAGGUGAAAAGGCGGAGAUAACCACUGUAUUAUAUAUCUGGCCUAAACUGCACAGUUUCCACCUCGGAGCUAAAAGUUAACACGGUUAAUUUAUCAUUCGACUUAUUGUUCUUUUCUGUCAUUAUUACCAAUGAAAUGUUUCUACAUGAACAUGACGUCAUGUGUUUGUGUUGAGGACAAGUGUCAGCCUUUUGUUUCGGCUGACGGGAUUAAAACAAAGAGUAGAAAAAUGCCUUGAUUUUAUUAAAUUUUUUUUUUUUUUAAUCCAUCACUGGGUUCCACGUUUACAGCAGCCAGGAUGCACUUAAAGGAGAAAUCUGGUAUUUUUCAGCCUGGGUCUUAUUCUCAUAAUUCUGACAUGUGUCCGGGGGGAACAGCACAAAACUCCGAAUGCUUUCUGUAUGAACUUUAAAGUCACAAAAGUCAUUUGAAACACUCGUCUCAGAGUUCAGAUUAAAGACAGUAAUGGCUGAAGAGCUGCCUGUUCCAGGAGUCAUUGUUUAAAUUUUUUCAACAAUGACAGAAAUCUGCUGGUUAGAGCACAGAGCGGUCUGCUUUAAUUUGACGUAAUUCACACCUGUCGUCCAGUUGGUGGCGUACAAAUAUUAAUUAGCUAUUUUAUAGUCUUGUCUUUAAACUCAUGUGCAUGACCUCGUUGUCUUGCUGGCUUUAGCCAUUGAUUGGCUGUGUUGCUACAUACCAUCGCAAAAUGUCACGGUGUCUUAAGUCUCUUUGCAGGGUCGAUGUCCAUGCUCUUAUAAACAGGUGUAGUGCUGCUGCAGUGCAACUGAAGGGGAGGAAACAGACUUUUCGCAGUUUGCAUAAUCUGGUUGAACUUCAUUUUUUAAGUGUUUGAAGAUCCAGUCAUCACUGAAGUGUCUGUCAUGCAAGAGAAAAUAAAAACCAAUGGUCAGCGUUGUCAUAUUGACAUUUAAGGUGUGUUGAUUGAUUCACAGUGUCAACUCAUGCACUGAGUAGCACGGAGGAAAACAAUCGUUGUCGGUAGCUUCUGGCAGUAGGCUUUGAGUGGCGCAGUGAGUUAAAUUAACUUUUCUUAGUCUAUAGCUGCUAACGUGAACUAUUAAAGAUGAAAAGGCAGCCAAACACCCUUUUAUUUAUAGUUAGAGUCGACUAAUAAAUGUAAACUUGCCACUGUAGAAACAGCAGUUGUAUAACCUUCGAAAACGAGCCACAGUUUGACCGUUUGUGCAGCAUAGGUGCACCCGGGAACCUAAACCAAUAGCACCACAUCCUGGUUAUGACUGCAGAAUCACAAAGCCUGUUUUGUAUGUAUUCAUUUUAGAAAAUAAAAAUGAAUGAAUGAAAAUUAAAUGUUGUUAAAUAUGUCUGACUAUCAUUGAAAAAUUAAAAUUAAAAUGACAGAUGUAAAAACAGA